CCAAUUACUGCUGGCGUUACAAACCUCCAUAACAUAUAUAUUCCCAAGCUGAUAUGUGAGUGAAACCCAACCAUAUAUCUCAAUGGAUCAUUCGGCCGAUGAUGCGUAUCCUCAUAUCACAGUGGAACGCACAUUGGCAAUUAUAAAACCUGAUGCCGUCAACUUCGCUGAAGAAAUAGAAGAAAAAAUACUUCAAAAUGGGUUUUUCAUAAUCCAAAAAAGACGAGUUCGCCUCUCACCGGAGCAGGCUAGCGAAUUCUAUUCUGAACAUUACGGGAAGAUGUUUUUUUCAUCUUUGGUGUCAUACAUUAGCAGCGGACCUAUUGUUGUUCUAGUUUUGGCGAAAGAAAAUGCGAUUACAGCGUGGCGGGACUUGAUGGGACCUGCAAAUUCAACCAAAGCAAAAUCACUUGCUCCGCUGAGUUUGCGCGCCGUGUAUGGUACCGAUGAUCAACAAAACGCCGUCCACGGAAGUGUGAGUUCCACAACUGCGGAGAAAGAAAUUCGCUUCUUUUUUCCGGAUACUGUGACGGAGCCAAUUCCUUCCAAAACGGCUGUUAGAGAUUAUCUGGCACGCCAUGUCAAUCCGACUCUGCUGCGAGGACUGACAGAAGUGUGCAAACAGAAACCAAAAGAUCCUGUCUUGUGGCUCGCUGAUUGGCUGUUGGAAAAUAACCCGAACAAACCAAGGCUCAGCGAUCGAUACACAUUGAAGAAGCAUCUGUAACUGGAUAUCGAUCGAAGGAACAUUAAAAUACUACAGGAUAGAUACGCUGUUCCUCUACAGUGGGGUCUGCUGCACGGGGCCUUCGUGUUGAGCGAAUCAGGACGCCGGAGACUAACCAUCUUGUACCCUCGAUCUCACAUACUCAAGCCAUAUCUACAAAAAGUCAUUUUUACCACUUAUCGAACUGACGGGCCCUCAUAUGCUCCGAAGGUACACCAAAGAGUUAAACAUCGUUUUCUUUCCUGUAGGACAAGUUGGUUCUAAUUGAUAUCACGCUGGUUUGGCAUCCUCUACUGCGCACAUAGCUCCGUCUAUCCAACGACGUACAAAUUGCUAUAUAUAUAUAUAUAUAUAUAUCA